CUGGGAAACGGAGCUGGAGAGGGUGUGAAUGCGAAAAGUGUCGGGACAGAGUGGGGCAGAGGGACCCCCUCCCCCGGAUUGUUUGCAGACAGCAUAGCUGCGGAGUCUCAGAAGACCCUUUCCUCAAAACAGAGUUAGCAAUUGAGCAGAAGGGAGCUUAAUGUUAAAUCUGAUACAUCCCCCCUUCACUUUAGGAGAAAUUGAUUGUUUUCUGCUUUUUAAAGAACCCCUAUUUGUAUUUCCUCAAGAUAGUCUCUGUCCAGAGCUACAUUCUAUCCCUAUUUUGUCUUAAAAAAACAAACAAACAAAAAACUUUGCCGUUUUAAAAAGAAUUUGAUUUAGGCAGCUUUAAUUGUUUGCAUUAAGUGUUCUUAUCUGUGGAUGCAGGUAUAAGAUUUCAAUCCUAAUACCCCCUCCCCAAUGUUUCAAUUAUAAUAUUCUAAAUUCACAUUAAGCCUUAGGAGAACAUUUGAACCAUCUGCUUUAGAUACUAGCUCUGAAGACUUCAAAGCAUAACAUUUCCAAGUUUAUCUAAAACUUGAAUCUUAAAAACAUUGAUCAUUCUCUGUUAAAGUCAUUGUUUUUUAAUCCCAUCUCUUCCUGUAGGCGUUUCACAGUUUGCAAAGGCAGUAAACUUUUACUUAUUUAGUGUACUGCUCUGUGCAAAGCAAUUUUCGAAGCUGUCACUGCCCCCAGAUGGCAGACAGUCUAGGAGAGGAGCCAAAAACCAUCCUGCUUGUAACUCUGAUGUAAGGUUUUUAAUGAAAAGCAAGUGUUUGGGGGAAUUCUGAGGUUUAAGAAAUUUUGGCUGGGGUAUCAGGAAAUCCCCUGGGUUUUAAAAUGAGAUGUUUUUAUUUAUUUAUUUUUUAAGCUAUACCUGCUGGAAUGGAUACAGCGAGUUUUAAAAGUUGGUCAGACUGAAGAGAUUGAAGUGAGAGAGCCACAGAAACAAAGGCAAGCAGACAGACGGUGAAAGGCCUACCAGCAGCUCAAUGGCCUCCCCAAAGAAGAAACUUCAGGGUCUUGUGGCUGCAACCAUCACGCCAAUGACUGAGAAUGGAGAAAUCAACUUUUCAGUAAUUGGUCAGUAUGUGGAUUAUCUUGUGAAAGAGCAGGGAGUGAAGAACAUCUUUGUGAAUGGCACAACGGGAGAAGGCCUGUCCCUGAGCGUCUCAGAGCGUCGCCAGGUUGCAGAGGAGUGGGUGACAAAAGGGAAGGACAAGCUGGAUCAGGUGGUAAUUCAUGUAGGAGCACUGAGCUUGAAGGAGUCACAAGAGCUGGCCCAACAUGCAGCAGAAAUAGGAGCCGAUGGCAUUGCUGUCAUUGCACCGUUCUUCCUCAAGCCAUGGUCCAAAGAUGUCCUGAUUAAUUUCCUAAAGGAAGUGGCUGCUGCUGCCCCUGCUCUGCCAUUUUAUUACUAUCACAUUCCUGCCUUGACAGGAGUAAAGAUUCGUGCUGAGGAGUUGUUGGACGGGAUUCAAGAUAAGAUCCCUACCUUCCAAGGGCUGAAAUUCAGUGAUACAGAUCUCUUAGACUUCGGCCAAUGUGUUGAUCAGAAUCGCCAGCAACAAUUUGCUUUCCUUUUUGGAGUGGAUGAGCAACUGUUGAGUGCUCUGGUGAUGGGAGCAACUGGAGCAGUGGGCAGUACCUAUAACUACCUGGGAAGAAAGACAAGCCAGAUGUUGGAGGCUUUCGAAAGAAAGGACUUCUCUUUAGCCCUGAACUAUCAGUUUUGUAUCCAGAGAUUUAUCAAUUUUGUGGUUAAACUAGGUUUUGGAGUGUCACAGACCAAAGCCAUCAUGACUCUGGUCUCUGGGAUUCCAAUGGGCCCACCCCGGCUUCCACUGCAGAAAGCCUCCAGGGAGUUUACUGAUAGUGUUGAAGCUAAACUGAAGAGCCUGGAUUUCCUUUCUUUCUCUGAUCUAAAGGAUGGAAACUUGGAAGCUGGUAGCUAGUGCCUCUCUAUCAAAUCAGGGUGUGUACCUUGAGACAUAAUCUACCUUAAAUAGUGCAUUCUUUUCUCAGGGAAUUUUAGAUGAACUUAAAUAAACUCUCCUAGCAAGUGAAAUCUCACAUCAAUCAAAAAGCAUUUGGGUACCCAAUAUGAGCAUUAAAAAGUUGCGGUGUGUUUUUUUUUUUUUUUUUUUUUUUUUUUUUUUGAAGGGGCAAAAACUCUCAGAAUCACAACUCUCAGCAUUCAUUUCACAAAAUUUUUUGUGGAAAAAUUUCUGUUUAUAUGGAUGAAAUGGAAUCAAGAGGAAAAUUGUAAUUGAUUAAUUCCAUCUGUCUUUAGGAACUCUCAUCAUCUCAAUUUCUGGUUCCUAAUCCUAUUUUAAAGUUGUCUAAUUUUAAACCAGUAUAAUAUGUCUUCAUUUGAAUACUCAUUUGCAAUCUAGGAAAACUCUGAGCUACUGCAUUUAGGCAGGCACUUUAAUACCAAACUAUAACAUGUCUCAGCUAUAUACAACUACAAAUACACUAGCUCAUUUGGCUGCUCUGUUUAACUCUAGAAUGGAUGCUUCUGAAUUCAUUUCGAAGUCACCACUUUCCCCUUUUGAAAAACACUGGGUCAGGUGAGGAUUUGUUUCAAUUCCUUUAACUAAGGAAAGGGUAGCUUUCUUGUAACAAAGGAAGAGGUCUUCCCCAAAGAUGAAUUUAAAUCUCCACUUUUUGCUAUGCAGAAAACUCAAAACUCAAAGUUUCAACAAACCAAAGGGCUCUUCCUCUAGGGUACCACAAAUUUCCCCUUCCUCCACUGAGAAGACUGUCUCUCCCACAGGACCCUGAAUCAUUGAAAUCAAAAGCCAAUUUCCUUUCUGCAAUAAGCCCAGGGGCUACUGUUAUUACCCUGUCACACUUUCAAGCAGUUACUUUUCUUUAGUGAUAGAAGAUUUGGGGAGGACCCAAAGGACUCAGCUUUCUCUCCACACCUCCUUUUUUACUCUUUUCUUUCUGUGUAAUAUAUCAACACCUGUUUAAUCUCCCUUCUAACAAACUUUGGUGUAAGUUUUCUGAUACCAAAGUGUAUUAACAGUUAAUCCUUAUUGAUUUUAAACUUGACUAUCCAGUCUGCUAAUUACCUACGAUUUUGUUUUCAUUUCAUCUCUAAUUGUUUUGAUCAUUGGCAGAGAAAGAGUUUUGAAAUUCAUAUCCAUUUUGCUCCUUAUUUUAAUCUCUUUGAAUUAAAAACUUUUUCAAAAAGCAAAUUUGAAAUUGUAAGUGGACUUCAAUUAUCUUUGCUAAUCCUCUCUUUAAUUAAAAGUUGUUGUAUUCAUAUAUCCUUGACCCUCUUUUUUACCUUUGUAGCUGUUAAGAAGAAGAAAAUGAGUUUCUUGUUAGUUUUUGGUUCUGAGGAUGUGAUACCCUUACUUAAUGAUACUAAAGCCAAAUUUAAUUUUUUAAAUUCUUGGGUAUCCAAUAAACAAAGAACUAUCUUUCUACUUUUGUUUUUGUGAAGUCAAUGCUUGGAGGAUUUUUAAGAUGAUUAAUGAGCUUUUGUGAACAUAAAGAGAAAUAUGCUUUUAAAAUGACCAGGUCUGAGUUUAGCUCUGUUGAUAUCUAGUAGCUUAGAAAUGAAUAUUAUAUAGCAGUAGGCUAUUAAUAGUGCAUUUAACAAGUAAAACUUUGGAAUACUAUGAACUUAUUGUUUUGUUAUAAUCUAUUCUUAAAUUGUUUUUAACAUUAAAACUAAAGUAAUGGCAUGUGAAAUAUUUCAUUCAA